AUGCAUUGUGUCAUUAAAUUUACCACAAUCCUUGAUUAUUUUAUGAGACACUCAAGAUGGGGAUCAAAAAAGAAUGAUAAAAAGUUGAUUAGAAAGUUGAUUAGAGAACCCUUCGAGGAUGAGAACAACAACAGCAAAAACAGCAACUCUCUAAAGAAAGUCCUGUAUUGGCUUGGUCAAAUGAUUAAAUCAAUACAUGACACCAACUUUAGAGAGUUUUUACUAAAGAAUCAACAAGAAUUGGAUAAAGAAACAAAGAAAAAUAUUAUUGAUUUAACAAAAGAUGAUCAGCAGCAAGAGAUACCAAUAGAGGAGAAAUUAAAGAGAAGACAAGAAAAAGAUGAUAGAUCAUGA